AUGUCAAUACUACAACCCAUUCUCUUUGCCCCCUCAGCCUCCGCCCUCUCCGCCUGCUCCUCUAUAUCCUCCAGCGUAAACAUCCCCGUUUACAGCCUCCCCGUGUCCUCCCUUGCACCUGAAUACGUGUACGCCAAAACACACUACUACUCAGCGACCAACGCUGAUAACACGCCUGCUUGUGUUGUUUUCCCCACUGCUGCUGAACAUGUCUCGGGCAUUUUGAGGGUUUUGGAUGCGUUCCCUGAUGUGGGGUUUGCGGUUAAAUCUGGGGGACAUAAUCCUAACAAGGGGUUUAGUAGUACAGAUGGAGCUGUUCUGAUUAGUUUCAAGGAUUGGAAUAAGAGUGUUCUGAAGGGGGAUGGGGGUUUGGCGGAUGUUAGUCCUGGGGCGAGGGUGAGUUUUUUAGAGGGUUUCUUUUUACUAUGAGCUUGAAUUUUUUGAUUGGGUUUAAAAGCCUAGAAAUGCUGAUUUUGAUAUCUUGCGUAGUGGGAAAAUGUCAUCAGUGAUCUAGAAGACAGAGGACGCGCCGUUGUUGGGGGCCGGAUUGGUGGGUUCACUUUCUUGUGGAGAGUAAGGAAAUCACAAUUUGCUAACCGAGUGUAGGAGAUGUCGGGGUAGGAUUACUUCUUGGUGGCGGAUUAAGUUUUCUGAGUACCCAGUAUGGAUUAGCUUGUGAUUCUGGUGUGAAUUAUGAGGUUGUUCUUGCAAAUUCGACGAUUGUUAAUGCGAAUGAGAAUGAGAACUCUGAUUUAUUCUGGGCAUUGAAAGGUGGCGGGAAUCAGUUUGGUAUGUACUCCAGUCUUUGGAUGGAAAAUGGGGAAGGAAGGGACGUGCUGAUGGUUGUAGGUAUUAUAACGAAAUACACGAUGAAAACAUUCCCCAUCAGUCAGACUUGGGGGGGUGUACGUACUUAUUCGUUUCUUAAUGCGGAUAAGUUACUCGCCGCAACGUCGGACUGUAAGUAAUGGACGCUUUAUUCUCCUUGUUCCAUUCCAGCUCUUCUCUCGGAUAGGAGAUCUCAUGACUGAUCACCUGAUUCCUAGGGACCGGAAACUUACCCGAUCCUAAAGGAAGCGUCAUCGUUACGGGUAAUGUUGCCGCAGAUAAUGUUGUUGAUAUAUUUGUGGUUUAUUUCUUCUAUGAUGGGCCUAUUCCACCACCAGGGGUGUUUGACAAGUUUGAUAUCAUCCCUGCGAUUACUGAUGACACGAAGACGAGAUCUUAUAGUGAUUUAGUGGGUUAAUGUACACCAAACUUUCGUAAAGUUGAUGCUGAUACUGCAUAAAAUAGCUUCUCGCGAACAAUGAGUUGGCGAGUAUUUACGGGUUUCGAUUUAUUCUUCGGGUAAGUUAUUCUAUUCCAACUUGAGAAGGUCUCGCAGCUAAUGAAAUUCGUCUCACAGGCUGCAACAAUUCCCAACUUGCCAGGUCAAAAUGGAACGGAUCUCUACGUCUCAGCCUACAACCUUUACCGAAACUAUCUCAUAUCACAAGGUUUGGAUAGGCUCUUUCAACUCGGCUUUGUCUUCUCAAUUUCCUUCCAGCCAUUCCCACACCAAAUCCCCUUCCAAUCACAGAUCGUAAACCCUCACGGCAAUCCCAUGAACCUCUCCGCUGCAGACGGGGACAAAAUGUGGAUAGGUUUCACCAUCUCCUGGUUAGCGAAUAUCAGCGAUAGUACCGCCACUACUAUCUCCCAACACCUGACAGAGAGCUUGGAAGCGUUUGUGGAGGAGACCUAUCCUGGUGUGAAGAGUACGAAUGAGAUUGGAGGUGGGGAGAAGGGGGCGGGGAAUGAGUUUGUGUAUUUUAAUGAUGCUAUGAGUGAUCAGAGACCUUUGGAGAGUUAUGGGAAAGAGAGCUACGAGAGAUUGAGGGCGAUCCAGAGAAGGUAUGAUCCUGAUGGAAUGUUGAGGAGUCGGACCGGUGGUUUUAAAUAUGUUUGA